AUGAGAGCGAAGCCGCGAUCCGUAUUUGCUGUACCUGUCGACCUUGUGCAACCAAAGGUGCAUGGUAUUGCUUUGGUUGUUUCCCAAGGUAAAUCCUCCCUCUACCGCACCGAGCAAGCCACCACUUUCUCUGCAACUAGUCUCGGCAUGACUGGGAUUUCGACUUGGGUUCAGCGAAAGACUGGAAAAAGAAGAAAGAAACGGGCUAACGGUGCAAUAGCCGCAGACCCUGAGUCGAUCAACGUAGAGCAAGAACAUGUGGAGGCGCCUUCCAGAAUGGCACAGACCAACGGCGUUCAUCGAGAGCUGACGCCCACCACCACCAGCAUUGUGCCUCCUGGUCGUGUAAUUAGCACUUCUAUGAUGAGACAAGCGACGCUCGAACAGACGCCUCCCCCCGAUACUACGCAGAACGCAUGGUCGUCAGCUAUAGGGCCUGCCAGCACGGGCAAGUCAGGACGGGUUAUAGAGAGACUGCAACAGGAGAUAGAUCGCUUGAAUAGGGACAAACAAUUACUAAAAUUACGACACGAAGAGGCUGAAAGAGCCACAGAAACACUUCACACACAAUUCCGACACCUUCAGGACCGUAACAGCAAUUAUGAAUCCUCGCAUGAAGCGAUUCAACGGCAAUUACAGAGGAAGGAAAGACAGGUCACGGACCUGAAAGAAGAAGUCGAAAAAGAAAAGUCAAAGACUGCGAGGGCCGAAGAAGCUAUGCGUGCAGCGGGCAUCAGUGAGGACGAGUGGAGAGAGCAGGCUAAUCAAGCAAAGUCGAUUGCCCAGCAAAAGGAGGCAGAAUAUGAGGUGAUUGCAGCAUGCAGAAACAUGGAUAAUGAGAGACACCAAAAUGGUCUCGGUCGCAUACGAGCAACUCUGGACCAGCUGUUACGGCAGCAGAGCGAAGAUGUCGAGAAAAGGAAAAGGAUGGAGAUUAUCGCAGAGCAACGGAAAAAGGAGAUCGAGCAACUGGAAGACCUUACAAGACGGCUGCAGAACAACUUCAAUGCUUACAGAACCAAGAUCGAUACGGCUGUGGAUCAACUGCGAGAGACUGCCAGUGAGAACGACAGGGCUGUGCAUGAUAAAGUAGACGAGAUGAGAAGGGUAACAGGCCAAAUGAAGUGGCUCAUGAAUGUUGAGACCGUGAUCAACGGCAACAACCCACUUCCUCGACCGAAUUCCUCUCAACCGUCAGAAGAACAGUCUUUCAAAACUGCACAUUCGAGAGAAACCACACAGGAAGAGCCACCACCUCCGCCUAGUCCGGCGAAAAAGAUGAGCUUGGAUUUCAGAAGACAUAGGCGAAAAGGUUCUUCCAAAGCUGGGAAAUAG